UGAUCGUUGAAAUUCGCAUAUUCAUCAGUGCGCUCUGGAGGUGUUAACAGGUGGCGCGUUAGUCGAACGAAAAUGGAUCCUCGCUACCUCGGUUAUUUGGAGCGAUCAGUACUGAUCCUGUUGGGGUUAGCGUGUUUCGUGCAGGGAACGGAUCGACAGGGACAAAAUCCGUUUAACGACGCUUUCCUGCGCCGUGUGUUGGCCCGCGCCCGCUCGUGGAAACCGGAUACAAACUUCCGCUCAAACAUCCACUAUCACACCUUCCGGUCGCUGAAAGGUAUCGGUGAGAGUAGGACUGGAUUCAAGGUACCGAUCAAGCACUACGACUACGUGUACGACGUCGACAUCCCGGAGUCGUUUGACUCGCGGGACCGCUGGCCAAACUGUGAUUCGCUACGUGAAAUACGAAACCAGGGCACGUGUGGAUCAUGUUGGGCCGUCGCUGCUGCCAGUGUCAUGUCGGACCGAGUCUGCAUUCACACGAACGGCACACGGAAUGUUGCAAUCGCCGCGGAAGAUCUGAUGGGUUGCUGUGCUGACUGCGGCAAUGGGUGCGAAGGAGGUUUUCUCGACGGAACCAGUUUCCAGUACUGGGUGGAUGCAGGCCUAGUGAGCGGCGGAGCGUACAAUUCCACCGAAGGCUGUAAGCCGUAUCCCUUCAAACCGUGCCUGUAUCCCUUCACCGAUUGCCACCGAGAGGAAUCGCCCAAGUGCAAGCACCACUGCCAGCACGGCGCGGACAAACGGUACGCCCGGGACAAGGUGUUCGGAAGCGUCGCGUAUAGUGUCCCAAGAGAUGAGCGUGUGAUAAGGUACGAGAUUAUGACCAACGGUCCCGUGGAGGGAGGCUUCGACGUGUAUGAGGAUGUGUUCCUCUACAAAUCCGGUGUCUACCGACACGUUUACGGUGAACAUGUAGGCAAGCACGCGGUGCGUAUCAUCGGAUGGGGCCGCGAAGGUGGCAUUCCGUAUUGGCUAAUUUCCAACUCGUACGGUGAAGAUUGGGGCGAUCACGGAUACUUCAAGAUAGUGCGCGGAAUCAAUCACUUGGGGAUUGAAUCGAAGGUGAUCACCGGAUUACCGUUGGUGUGAGAUCGCCUCGUGAUGUGAGGAAUUCUGAUAACGCCCGAACUGGAUCAUUGGAUA